AUGGCAGCCUCAUCAACAACGACAACCACCGCCACCACCAGCACCUUCCCCGCCAUCAUCGCCUACCCCCCCGACAUCCACCCCGACGGCCCAAUCCAGCCAAAGUGGCGCUUCCAUCCCACGCUCCGCCUCUCGCGCGGCCCAGCCCCCAAGGAGCUGCAGAUCCGCAUGCUCGCCGCCGGCGUCUGCCACACGGACGCGCUCAUCUCCUCGACCCCGGCGUCCUAUCGAGGCUACCCUUUCAUCCCGGGCCACGAGGGCGCCGGGUACGUCGAGGCGGUCGGCGAGGGGGUCACGGUGGCGCAGGUGGGGGAUCCCGUGCUGCUGAGCUAUGAUGCGUGCGAUGCGUGCGAGUGCUGCGUCAAGGGCGGGACGGGGGCGUGGUGUGAGCGGUUUGGCGAGUUGAAUUCCGCGGGGGUGGAAGGGGAGUUUUUGUUGGAGGGUGGCAAUGGCGGUGGUGGUGGUGGGGAGGCGCGGGUGGAGGAUGGAGGAGGGGUGUUGGGGAAGUUCUUUGGGCAGAGUUCGUUUGCGGGCAGGAGUUUGGUUAAGGAGCGGUGUGUGGUCAAUGUCAAGGGGUUAGUGUCCGGGGAUGAGGAGUUGAAGUUGUUGGCGCCGUUGGGGUGUGGGUUGAUGACGGGGGCGGGGAACGUGGUUAACAUCUUUGACGUGGGGAGUGAGGAUAUAGUGCUUGUUACGGGGCUGGGCGGCGUCGGGCUGGGAGCGGUGAUGGCGGCAAAGGCGAGGGAGGCCAAGGCUAUUGUGGUGGUGGACAGGGUCAAGAGUCGGUUGGCGCUGGCGCGUGAGUUGGGAGCUACGCAUGUUGUGGAUACAACCGGGAUGGACCUUGACCAGCUGGCAGAGGAGAUCAAGAAGGCUGUGGGCGACUUGAGGAUUGGGUACGGACUCGAGACGACGGGGGUGGUGAAGAUCGUUGAGCAAGGCAUACGAGCCGUUGGACAUCGAGGGCAUUUUGUGUCCGUCGGUGUUCCGCCCAUGGACAAGACGGUCACGGUUGGUGUAGCGGAUAUGAUGCUAGGAGGGAAGACAUAUUCCUACAACUACUUCGGUGAUUCGGAACCACGGGUCAUGGCGCCGCAGAUGAUGACCUGGUGGAGAGAGGGCAAGUUUCCGCUGGAGAAGCUGGUCAAGUUUUUCCCGGCCAAAGACGUAGACGAGGCAUUGAAUGGAAUGCACGACGGGACAGUGAUCAAGCCGGUGCUACUAUGGUAG